AUGGAUAUUGAAUCGGAUGAGCAAGUAUUAGUCUGCGGUUCCGGAGAAUGCGAGCAGCUGGGAAUUCCCAAUGUUUUUAAUGCUCGAAAGCCCAGACUUCUAAAACUCCCAGAAUCAGUCACAAUGAUCGCAUGUGGGAGUAUGCACACAUUAGCUCUCACCUCAGAAGGUCGCGUUUACUCAUGGGGAUGCAAUGACGAUGGAGCUCUUGGCAGGAUUGGCGAAGAAAACAUUCCCAUGCUGAUCUCUGGAGUCGAAUUUAUUACAAAAGUCACUGCAGGGGAUUCCCACUCAAUUGCAUUAUCAGCCAAUACAAGAAAACUUUAUUCAUGGGGCACGUAUAGAAAUAGCCAAGGUAACAUGGAAAUUGGGCAUAAAUUCCCAAUUGAAAUUGGAAGCGAUGAAUUCAAGAAAAGCAAAUUAAUCAAAGAUAUCGUCAGUGGAGCUAAUCAUAGCUUGAUUCUUGCAGAUAACAGAGUUUAUGCAUGGGGAGAUUCAGAGUUCGGACAAAUAGGAAGAAUGCCGAGGUCAAGAAAAAGUAUUGCUCAUUCUUUACAGAUUGAAAGCAUUGGUAUGAAAAAUAUUGAACACAUUUAUUCGGGGAAAAACCACUCGUUUGCAAAGUCAAGCAAUAAUAAGGUUUAUGGCUGGGGGUUAAAUAAUUUUGGACAGCUGGGAGAUGGAAGCACGAAAAAUACUUGCGUUCCUCAUGAAAUCUUUGAACUUACUCCCUUCUUUAAAUUGGAACAAAAUAUAGGUAAAUUUCCAUAUUUGGUUGCUUUAACGAAUUUUAUAAAAUCAGUUUUGAUCUAAUUUAAUGUAAAAGUGCAAGUAGAAGGCUAUUUAAACAGUUACCACACUAAAUCGAUUAACUUUGCUCAUUAAUUCCUCAUAAAAAUAAAUUAAAAUUCAAGGUAUUGUGCUCAAUUUAUAUUUCUUAAAAAAAUUAAACCCUUUAAAUUAAAACAGAAUUUUUUUCCAAUUAAAAGGGGGGAUUUAGAAAUCUUGAUAUUCAAUAUAUUACUGGAGGAGACAAUCACACUCUUGCCCUUCUCCAAAACGGCCGAGUCCUAAUAUGGGGAAGAAACGAUGACUAUCAGCUUGGUCUCAACACAACUGAAUCGCACUACACUCCUCAAGAAAUCCCUAGCUUAACCAAUGUCAGAAAAAUUGCGUGUGGUCCGCACUUUAAUUUUGCAAUUACUUCUACACAAAGGAUUUAUUCGUGGGGAUUUGGUGACACAUAUGUUCUGCUUAAUGGAAAGGAAAAGAACGUAUCCAUGCCAACAUUAGUCGCUUGGAGUGUAGCCAAGCCUAUAGAAGAAAUCAGUGCGGGUUCUCAGCAUGUAGUUACGCUCAUGAACCCUGCUGUCCUAACCCUUCCAGAUAUAAAGAGUUUAAACCUCAAACGUAAAAUAAGCCCGCCACGAUCUACAAAUAAAAGACCUAAAAAAGCCCACUAG